AUGAUCAAUGGAUAUGGCUGGAAAAAUAUUAACAGUACCAAAACCAUGAGAGGAGAUCUAGACCAUCAGCCCAUUGUUACUGAGGGUAAAAGAGGAUCUGAGAGAGAGUUUCUGUAUGAAAUUCUUGGAGUAGUCAUUGAAGCUGGAGCAACAACAGUGAACAUAGCUGAUACUGUGGGCAUAUUAAUGCCAUUUGAGUUAGGAAAACUGAUAACUGAUAUAAAAGCCAAUACCCCAGGAAUUGCAAAUGUUAUUGUUUCCACUCACUGUCAUAAUGAUCUUGGUCUUGCUACUGCUAACACCAUAGAGGGUGCUCGUGCAGGUGCUAGGCAAUUAGAAGUAACAAUUAAUGGGAUUGGUGAAAGGGCUGGCAAUGCUUCGUUGGAAGAGGUUGUGAUGGCCUUGGCAUGCAAGGGAGAUCAUGUCUUAAAUGGUCUGUAUACACGAAUCAAUACACGACGUAUAUUGGAGACAAGCAAAAUGGUUGAAGAAUACUCUGGUAUGCAUUUACAACCUCACAAGGCCAUUGUUGGAGUUAAUGCAUUUCUCCAUGCUAGUGGCAUUCAUCAGGAUGGGAUGCUAAAACAUAAAGGUACAUAUCAAAUAUUAUCUCCUGAGGAUAUUGGGCAUAAAAUAACCACUGAAAUUGGUAUUGUGCUGGGAAAGCUGAGUGGACGCCAAGCUUUGAGAAAGCGACUAGAAGAGCUCGGUUAUGAACUUAAGGAAGAAGAAGUUGACAGUUUGUUUCUACCCUUCAAAGCAAUGGCUGAGAAGAAAAAGGUUGUAACUGAUAUUGAUCUCAAAGCAUUGGUAUCAUAUAAAGUUUUCAAUGCAGAACCGAUAUGGAAACUUGGUGAUUUACAAGUGACUUGUGGGACUUUGGGUCUUUCAACAACAACAGUAAAACUUGUUAAUAUUGAUGGUACUACACAUGUUGCUUGUUCAAUGGGUACGGGACUGGUAGAUUCAGCUUACAAGGCUAUCAACAUCAUUGUAAAGGAACCUAUAAAAGUUUUGGAAUACUCAUUGAAUUCAAUGACAAAAGGCAUUGGUAUAAGUGCCACUGCACGUGUUGUAAUUUGUAGGGAGAAUCAUUCGUCUACUAAUGCUUUCACAAGAGAUGCUACUUAUCCAACAUUUAGUGGAACUGGAGCAGAAAUGGAUGUUGUUGUUGCAAGUGUUGAAGCAUAUCUUGUUGCAGUGAACAAGUUGUUACGAUGCAAGGAAUCAUUUAUACAUUCAAAAUGA